AUGGCACCCCCAACCACCCCGUCCUCCCAAAGGUUCAGGCACACAAUCAACGAGCUAGUCGAACACAACCUGAUCGUCGACUGUGCCGACAAGGCGUUCCCACAAGAGCUGAGUGAGCGUGUGGAGCAAAUGCUGAACGCGCCGGUCAUGCCUGAACAAGCUCAUGCUGCACAAGAGAUCGUCUAUCAGCAUCGGGAGGCCCGCUCUAUGGACAAGAAGAGUGCUGUUAACAUGAUGGAACCGCUGCUGCUCUUUCAGGGAGAGCGAACCGGCUACGCACGUGGCAUACCCAACAUCGAUAUCAGCCACGACUAUACCCUGACGACAGACUUUGUCCCAAUCCUACCAAGUUCCGAUUCGGAAGCCUUGAGAUAUAAACCGGAUCUCGCCAUUGGGUACUUGAAUCGCCGCGAUACCGAGACCCGUGUAGACUCAGGGUUGACGGAAGAGGAUCACGAGCUCCUGGAGAAUUUCAAGCUGAACCCCGAACUAUCCUUCCCGUUCCUCACUGCCGAGUGGGAAGCAGCAGACGGACAUUCCAUCCUUAACGCCAUGAAGAAGUCUGCUCUCCACGGCGCGACGAUCGUAAAUUACCAUCGGCAAUACUUCGAGUCCGCGUACGGCGAUACCACACCUGCGACUUCGGCCUACACGAUGCACAUGUCCGUUACAUGCGAUGUGAUGCUGCUACAGCUCUGGCUACAUUGGAGCGAAGGGGGUGACAAUGAAAAAUACUUUAUGAAAGAACUGUACUCGUGCAGUUUGUCUAUGGAGCAGCAGAUCGCGAAGGCCCAAGCGAUCCUGAGGAGCCACCUGGACUGGGCGCUUGCAGAUCGGCUCCAAGCUAUCAAGGAUGCACUUCCCCUUUGGCAAAAGGCUCGCGCUAUAGAGAAGGCGAGUCACGAAUUGAAAGAGGCUAGACGCAUGUCAGCACUCGCUAUUCGCGGAUCGGUUUCUGUCCGUUCUCACACCACCCAAGCCACGGCAAAUCCAAAGACGCCUCGCAGGAGCGUGGCAACACCCAAGUCGACCUCAAAGUCAAAGGCCACCAACAGCAACCACACAUCAAUACCACGAACCCGAAAGAGGCAGAGGGAUUCCGCUGAGAGUUACGUUCCGCGAGAUCAGAUUGACGAGCUCUCACAAUCCUAG